UGAAAGUAACUCAGAACAACAACACUGCUGCAGUCGAUACUAGUCUCUCUGUCUCUUUCAUUAAACAACUUCAGGUCAACAGUAGCCUACAACGGAGUCUCUAAAUUCAAACAUGGCAGCAGCCAGCAGUCUCCUCUCUGAAGAUCAGUUUCUGUGCUCCAUCUGUCUGGAUGUGUUCACUGAUCCAGUCACCAUACCAUGUGGACACAACUUCUGCAAGACCUGCAUCACACAUCACUGGAAUAUUAAUGACCAGACUCAGUGUCCUAUUUGUAAUAAACAGUUUGACAGAAGACCUGAACUGCAUGUCAACACUUUUAUAUCUGAGAUGGCUGCUCAGUUCAGAAGGUCAGUUAAAAUAAAAGCCAACAGCAGCUCACAGCAGCACCGAGCAGACACAGGAGAAGUUCUCUGUGACGUCUGCACUGAAACCCAGACGAAGGCCCUGAAGUCCUGCCUGGUGUGUCUGGCCUCCUACUGUGAGACUCACCUGGAGCCUCACCGGAGAGUCACAGGCCUGAAAAGACAUAAGCUGAUUGAUCCUGUGGAGAACCUGGAGAGCAGGAUGUGUAAGAAACAUGAGAGACCUCUGGAGCUGUUCUGCAAGACUGACCAGAUGUGUGUGUGUCAGUUCUGCACUGAGUCAAGUCACAAGAGACACCACGUCAUUUCUUUAGAAGAUGAAUAUGAAGGAAAGAAAGCUAAACUUGGAAAGACAGAGGCUGAAGUUCAGCAGAUGAUCCAGGAGAGACGACUGAAAAUUCAGGAGUUCAAAAAGUCAUUGGAGCUCAGCAAGGAAGAUGCAGAGAAACAGACAGCAGCGAGUGUGCAGGUCUUCACUGAUCUGAUCCAGUCUGUUGAGAGAAGUCUGGCUGAGGUCAUUGAGAUGAUUACAGAGAGACACAACACAACAGAGAAACAGGCAAAAGGCUUCAUCAAAGAGCUUGAAGAGGAGAUCUCUGAGCUGAUGAAGAGAAGCUCUGAGCUGGAGCAACUCUCACGCACUGAAGACCACCUCCUGCUUCUCCAAAGCUUCCCAUUCUUAAUCCAUGCUAAAUCCUUGAGGGACUGGACAGAGGUCAGAGUUCACCCAUCAUGUGAAGGCGCUGUUAGGAGUACUGUGACUCAGCUGAAGGAGACACUCAUUAAAGAGGUUAAAAGGCUGUGUGCCAACCUUGAGGUGAAGAGGGUCCAGCAGUUUGCGGUGGAUGUGACUCUUGAUCCUGAAACAGCAAAUCCCCAUCUCAUCCUGUCUGAUGAUGGGAAGCAAGUCAGUUAUGGUGACGUGAAGCAGAAUCUUCCCAACAACCCAAAGAGAUUUUAUUUAUAUUCUGUCCUAGGAAAGCAGAGUUUCUCUGUGGGAAGAUUUUAUUAUGAAGUCCAAGUCAAAGGGAAGACUGCCUGGACUUUAGGAGUGGCCAGAGAGUCUGUCAACAGAAAGGACACCUUCAUCACUUUGUCCCCAACAAAUGGCUACUGGACUGUAUGUAUGAUUAAAAGAAAUCAGUAUGAAGCCUGUGCCGGCCCUUCAAUCCGUCUUUCUCUCAAGUCAGAGCCUCAGAGGGUGGGGGUGUUUGUGGAUUAUGCAGAGGGUCUGGUCUCCUUUUAUGACAUUGAUGCUGCAGCUCUCAUCUACUCCUUUACUGGCUGUAGGUUCAAUGAGAAGCUCUACCCAUAUUUCAAUCCAUGGCAUAAUAGUGAUGGUAAAAACUCCACUCCCUUAACUAUUUGUUCCAGUUAUCACAGUGAAUAGACUAAUCAGAGUCACUGUCAUGUAAAUGAGCUAUAUCACCUCACGGGUGUUUGAGUUUCCUGUGGUUUUUGUGGGGUUUUCUAUUUGUCUUUUUUAUGUUUCUCAUUACUGCAGAAAUAAAACAAUUUGUACAUCUACAUAACUGUUAUUUCAGUGGGUUUUGCAACCAUUAAAAAAAAAAUCUGAAGUAAACAUUGAAUUUAUUUACAAUGUAAAUUUUAGACUGCAAAACUCUUCAGAUGUACUACAGAAUACCUAAAGAGAACAUUUGUCCAUCAAGGGUUAGUGCACUGUUGGUUCUGCUCCACUGGGAGGCGCCAGAGAAAUACUCAAGAUCCUUGGUGGAGCCUGUGUGGUGGGGAGCUGUAAAAUCAGUCUCCAAAGAGUUUUAAAUAAAAAAGUUUCUUAAUUUGCACAAAAAUUUAAUUGGAGACAACUCUUCUCCUGAUUUGAAAUUGGAAAUUCAACAUUACAUUUUGGGUAACUCAGUUUAUUUGGAAGCACAACCAAAUUCUGCACUGAAUUCCCUGUGUGCCAAAAUUACAAUAGAUAUUUAUAAUACACCACAACAAUACAAACAUUAAUGAAUACACAUUGAUGUGUUAGUUAAUCAAGAAAUUGUGAGAUCAUAAAAUGAAACUAAUUCUGUGAAACGUCAAUUCAUGGCAAUUAUCCAAAACAUUAUGAAAAGUGACAUUAUCAGAUUAAAGUGCCUAGGGGGAAAAGUGCCACUGUAAUUUAAAGUUGAAAAGUUUUGAAAAGGGGCGCUGCACAAUAAAAUCAAUGGUAAAAUAUAAAUAAAACAGUUACAAUAAAUCUCAGUCAUCAUUUUAAAUGAAUGAUGAAAUAACACUUUGUCAGUUUAUUAUUUUAUUCCAUUAUUUCACAACUUACCUAUUUAAUUUUGUAUUAUAUUUCCUAUAUUUGUGUGCUUUUUUCCUUUCAUUUGCAUAACGCUAAUCUAAUUUUAGCCCACACUGGCUUAUUUAAUAUCUGAAUUUUUGGAGUUGGGGAUUUGUUGAUCAUUAUUUCUUAAAUGAAGUUAACAAUUUGCUGGUUGAUUUUUAUAUUUUAUUGAUUAUUCAUUUGGUAGUAAAGAGCAUUUAAUUCUAAUGUGAAAUGUUUUAUAUACUUUUCAUGACAUUGAAUGAUGAAUGAUGUCCAAUGACUAAUGACUCCACAACAACCCACUGUACUUAAGUACAGUACUUAGGUACAUGUUCUUUGUUACUGUCCAUCACUGGUCCCAUGCAACAUCAGUGGAGAUAUCUGAGGAAUAUUCUCUUGUUCUUUGCUGUGUGACAGAACAAUUAUUGCUAGUGUAUAGAGAUAUUUUGUAGUUGAGUACAGUGAGUUUGAAUUUUAAUUAAGAAGAAAUGCCUUUGUAACUCAAGUAAACACUGUGGGAGUCUGUACAGUCAGCCUCCUACUUUCUGUUAGUCUAAGAAAUUCCUUCUGUCUGACGUCACAGAUUAUGGUCUGGAAUCAGUCUGGGAUUUCUUUUAGUGUUUUUCUUUCUUGCCUGAGAAGACAACUAU